GAAAAAUUGAACCGAUGCGAUUGUCUUGGUAGGUAUAAAUAUCACAGCCAAUUCCGCCUUCCUCCAACUCCGCAUACAUCUGCUAGCCAAUCUCAUCCUCCUCCAACUCCGCAUACACCUGCUAGCCAAUUUCACCCUCCUCCAACUUCGCAUACAUCUGCUAGCCAAUUUCACUCUCCUCCAACUCCGCAUACACUUGCUAGCCAAUCUCACCCUUUUCCAACUCCGCAUACAUCUGCUAGCCAAUCUCACAAUUCUCCAACUUCGCAUACAUCUACACCUCCAAAAAAAUCUCGAACUUACGAAGAUUAUUCAUCUGACAAUCAGCGCUUCAAUCUAAGAACUAUAUAG